AUGACCCUGCACCAGCAACAUCACCACCCUCGCCCUCCUUCGUCCUCGCGAGCACCAGCCGCCGACUCUCUCGCCCUCCUCCUCCCCAUUCUCCACGCCUUCAACCACCGUCACCGCAACCAACACCGCGCAUCCCACUGGUGGGCCUCGUUUGGCCUCCUGCGCCGUGCCCUUGGCCGCCUCGCCCACUGCCUCCGCCCACACGUAGACGCCACUCCUCCCGCCUCGGGCCUCGUCGCCCGCGCUCGCUGGCUGCAGAGCCAUGUCGUCCCGAGCGCCUACGUCACAUUCUCCCAAUUGGCUGCCGAUAACCAGCAUGCGCCCUUGGGCCUUUUGCUUCUCGCCGUCUUGGCUCGCACGCAUGCCGUCCUCGCCCACCUUUUACCCUUCGACACGCCGCCGGCCCUGUCCUUGAGUGCUCCAACGCAGCCAUCAAUGCUGGCCCCGUCGGCCGCAGAACCUUCUGCCGCGGAUCACGGCGUUGUCGUCUCUCGUCGAGAACUUCUCCAACCUGAGAAACCCGCCACCUCUAGACCUUUGCACGAGGACCCCGUGGCUGUGAAUACCACGAAGCAAAGCCAUGAUGCCAAGACCGUUAAGGGACAAGCCAAGAGCAAAGCCAAAAAGAGAAGCAAAAUCAAGGAUCAAGAUGCACUGUCUAGUCUCUUCAGCUCACUCGGCUGA